AUGAAGACUUCCAUCUCCCUUCUCACUCUCCUCUCAGCCUCCUUCGUGGCAGCAGCUCCAGCGCCUUUCGUGGGCCAGGGACCUGUAGUCGCCGCUGGCACCGAGAAUGUAGUCAUGCCCUCUACAAACUUCGGUCGCCGCGAGGAAGACGUUGUGCAGAAGUUUGGCGAGAAAGCCCUCAAGCUCCGCGGUGCGCUCUUGGCAGCACGCGGUGGCAUGGGCAAAGAUAAUGCUAAUGCCGACGCCGAAGGUGCCAAUGCUGAGGAUGCUGCGGCGGCUGGCAACAAUGGCGCUCAGGAUCAGGCUGCACAGGAUGCUGCCGAUGCUGAGGAGGCCGCUCAGGGCAAUGGCAAGGGCAAGGGCAAGAAUGCCGAUAAGCAAGCCGCUCAAGCAGCCAAAGAGCAACAAGCUGCUGCCGAUGCUCAGGCACAGCAGGAUGCUGCCGCCGCCGAGAUGAUGAACCAGGGCCAGGCGCAGAAUGCAACCGAGCAGAUGGGAGCAGCAGACCAAGCUGCCGCCGAUCAACAGGCUCAACAGGAUGCUGCUGCGGGCAUGAACCAAGACCAAGCAGAGAAUGCGAACGACCAGCAGGCAGCGGACCAAGCGGCUGCUGACCAGCAGGCCGAGCAGGGCGCCGCCAACGGUAUGGACCAAGCCACGGCCGACCAACAGGCUGCUCAGGAUGCCAAGCAGAACCAGGGUGCUAUGGAUCAAGCCGCAGCUGGCCAGCAAGAGGCUGCCAUGGAAGCUGAUCAGGCUGCCGCGGAGCAAGGCAACGGAAAGCAGCAACAGCAACAGGAUGCCGUGGACCAAGCCGCAGCCGACCAGCAAGCCGCUCAACAGCAGGAGGGUGCUAUGGGAGCCGACCAGCAGGCCGCCCAACAGGAGGGCGCCAUGGACCAAGCCGCAGCUGAUGAACAAGCCGCUCAACAGCAAGACGGCGCCAUGGGAGCCGACCAGAAUGCUGCACAGCAAAAGGGAGGCAUGAACCAAGCCGCAGCUGAUCAGCAAGCCGCAGCCGAUGAGCAAGCCGCACAGCAGCAAGAUGGCGCCAUGGGAGCCGCCGAGCAGGACAAGGCACAGCAGCAACAGCAGGAGCUCGAGCAGGCCGCCGCCGAGCAGAUGGCCGCUCAGCAGCAAGCCGACCAGCAGCAGAAGGAGAAGGACCAGGCCCAGAUGGCAGCAGACCAGGCUCAGAUGCAACAAGAUGCCGCCAACGGCGCCAACGGAAUGGACCAAGCUGCCGCUGAUCAAGCUGCCGCUGACCAAGCCGCUCAAGCUGGAAACGCUACUGGAGUCGUUGACGCUGGAGCCGCCGCCGGAGCCGCUGCCAAUGGUACCGAGGCAAACAACGAAAACGGCAAGGGCAAGGGCAAUGGCAAGAACAACGGCAAGGGCAAAGGAAAGGGAGAGGGCAAGGCCAACGGCAAGAACAACGGCAACAAUGGCGUUGGACAGCUCCUCCAGGAAGCCGAAGCCGCUCUCCAGGCUGGUGGACAGCAGGGCCAACAGCAGGGUGGAGCCGGCGGUAUCGAGGGCCUCCUCAGCAGCCUCCUCGGUGGCGGUGCUGGAGGUGCCGGCGCUGGAGCCGCUGCCGGUGCUGGUGCUGGAGCUGGAGCUGGCCAACAGAAGGCUGGUGGCAUCGCAGGCCUCGACUUGAGCAGCCUCGGCAUCGGACGCCGCUCGAAGAGGACCACCUUCCGUGCUUAG